AUGGCAAAUGAUGUAGAGGAAAAUCCUGGACCCAUAAUAUAUGAUGUGGUUGAUCCAACUAAAACAAUAUGUGCAGAUUUUAGCCAGGGAAAUAUAAAAAAGUUUCGACAAAAUGCUGGUAAACAAUGUUUAGCAAUGUCUUUGACUGCGAUAAUAUAUAAUUAUAUCACAAAUGCAAAUACAUGGGAUUCAACUGUAUUAAAUUCAAUACUGUGUGCUGGAAAUAACCUUUAUUCUUUUAUAAGCAAUUUUGUUAACAAAAGCUAUUUGCUUUUGACUGACGUGCCUGAAAUGGUUUCGGUUUUUGAUGGCAUUUAUUGUAUGCAAUAUGGUGACCCGUUUGCUGGUGACUUAUUCAUGGCAAAUACUGCUCUACCUUAUUAUUCUAUAGAGAAUGCUCUUAAUAAUCUGUUCAUGGAAACUCAUUUAAAUUAUCAACAUUGUAUGUUGACUAUUGGUUCUAAUACUGUUGCAAUUUUUAAGACUUGUGAAGGAACCUUUAAAGUAUUUGAUUCUCAUUCAAGAGAUUUAUAUGGGAUUCCACACCCUUUUGGAAAAUGCAUAUUAGCAUCUGUUGAUAGUAUAGAAAGCCUGGUGAUAUAUUUCCAGAGUACUGUACCUCCAAGUAAUGAAACACCCUUUGAAGUUAAAGGAGUAACUGUUUUAAAUUGCAAAAGAGCAUGUAAAACAAAAAUGUUCAGAAGAAACUGAGAGUCAGAAACAAAGCAGACUGGAAAAUGCUAGAAAGUAUAAAAAAGCAAAGCAAACAGCAGAGACUGAAACUGAGAGGCAAACUAGACUUGAAAAUGCUAGGAGUAUCGAAAAGCAAAACGAGCUUCAGAAACUGAGACUGGGAAACAAACUAGACUUGAAAAUGCUUGGGAGUAUCAAAAAACAAAACAAGCUUUAGAAACUGAAGAUGAGAAACAAACUAGACUUAAAAAUGCCAGGGAGUAUCGAAAAGCAAAACGAGCUUCAGAAACUGCACAUGAGAAACAAACUAGACUUGAAAAUGCUAGUGAGUAUCGAAAAGCAAAACAAGCUUCAGAAACUGAAAAUGUUAGAAAUUAUGAAAAAAGAAAACGAGGACAGGAAACUGGGAUUGAAAAGCAAACUAUAGUUGCCAGUGCUAAUCCGAACAAGAGAAAACGUUUGUGUGCUUCUACUCAAAUUCUAAAUCAGCAGGAUUAUUUAAACAAAUUUGACAUUGAAAAAGAUGGUAGUAUUCAUGAACAGAGUUGGGCAAAAAAUAACAUUAAUAAAUUUUCUAAAUCUAUUGAAUUCUUUAUUAAUCAAUGCACUAUAUGUCAAGAAGCAUGGCCACUGAACUCUAAACCAAGGUCACCUGAUUGUUAUAUAUGUUCUCGAUGUGCUCGAGACACAAAAUCUCCCAGAAAGUUUUCACAUGAAAAUGCAAUGAUUCCUUCUCCAGUCCCAACCGAGUUACAAAAUUUAACGCAAGUAGAGGAAAUGUUGAUUGCUCGUGCUCUUCCUAUCAUGAGAGUUUACAUUAAGCCCGGUGGACAACGAGGUUACUCGGGUCAUUGUGUUAAUUUGCCACAAAAUGUUAAGGAACUUGCAUCAUCAUUGCCAAGAUAUCCAAAAGACUUGUCAGUGAUUAUUGUCAAGGUCAAAGGUAAAGAUAACUCAUUUAGAGAUGUUUCUAUGAGAAGAAAAAAAGUACAUAAUGCAUUAUUAUGGCUUGUGCAAAAUAAUCCUCAUUAUGCUGAAUUAGAAAUUAAUGAAGAUGCAUUAAACUGUUUACCUGAAAAUGGCAUUCCAGCAGAUCUCAUGAUUGUUGAGACUGAAAAUGAAAUAAUCUCAAAUGAUGAUGUUAUGUCAGAUUUAGGUCCACCCACUGAAAACCCUUCUGAAGAUAUAGUUUAUAACAACUCUACAGACAUGAAUAGUUUCUUGCCUGUCGGUGAACAGCAGGAACAAGAAAUAGAAGCA